UACUCCACCCACAACCUUGUCGAGAAGCAGGGCGGCUCUCAGGACAUCGAGAGGUGGAUGCGCUGCCCGACACCAACCCUGUCUUUCAAGUUGGUGGACGACCAGUGCGAAUUCGAGAAACCGGCUGAGAGAGAGGCAGCCGUCAUCGGGUUGCGUCGUAUCAAGAUCCUAGACAUCAUCACAGCGUUUGAAGAGGUGAUACAGUUAGACAAGUGCUCCUCGUAGAGGACUCACCCAAAGCACUCGAGAUGUUGUUUGACAGCCGCCUCUCAAUGUCACCAGAAAAUGUCAACAACUUCGCCUCGGGAACUCCGGUUAUCGAAGCAGACUCGAAACCACUACACAGCUCAGCCGACAUACUGAAGCUGCUCGAGACAACGGUUGAGACGAUGUCCAAUACCAAUAUCGAUGAGAAUCUCGCUUGCCCUUUCUGGAAGCAUAAUCCACUUCGGUACAAGUUAGUGAACAAUGCAUGUACAGACGGUAUAGGAUUCAAGGACAUCGGGAAGUUGAUGGAACACAUGAGACGGGUGCAUUCCGGUAGAUUCGGGUGCCCGAAGUGCCGAAAGAGGUUCACAAAAUGCAAGAUAGAAGACGUGGACAGGGAGAAGGCCAAACACAACUGCUGCAGCGCGGAGCGGGAUGAGACAUCCAAGGACCACGAGCCUGAGUGGAUGGAUAAGGACCAGGAAGCGAAAUUCCAGCGUCUCAACUUCCAAAGGGACAAGGGACCUCCGCAAGAGUGCUGGAACAAAAUAUGCGAAGCACUGUUUGGUCGCGAUUCGGUAAACCAGAUUACAGGGCACAAUCACGCCCCCGGAUACCACGUAUCGCUGUGCGUUUUCCUCCUAGAGCGGGGGCUGCGGAAAGCAACCGAGAUAAAAAUGAAAGAGUGCGGCGAGGAGAUGCGAAAUAUAGUCGGACCCCCAGCUUCGAGCUACCCCCAGAGCAUAAACCCGGUGGCGCUCUCUGAGAAAACCAUCGCCGGUCUACCAGUCGGGCCCCCGCCCUUCUACAGAGGCCAAAGUUACGUUGACUCGGGAUUGGGGACGGAGCCGUGGGGAACCCUGGACCCCGGGAAGGAUUGCGAAGGGGAGAUGUUUCCUCCGUCGCCCAUAAUAGACUCGAUCUCCCACAAUUUCGGGCUCUACGUGAAUACCGGAGCUUGGACGCAGAAUGAGACGCGGGACACACCUUCCGACUACCAAUUCCAUAAUGAUAUGAACGAUAUCGGGAUGACGACCGAGUUUCCUGACGCCCAACAAUAGGGGCGGAUACGAAGUGUCGGAACAGUACCCUGAGUCGUGAGGAUUAGGAAGGGAGCGUUGGUUUGGAUAUUCUGGAGUCUUGUCUUGGCUAGCGCAUAUAUACGAACCGAGAUAUACCGACAGAUGAUAGUUAUGAUAAUGGCCUGUCUUUGCUUCGUCACUGCGUACCCACUCGUCCAUUGCCACCCCGCAAAGAACGGGGGUUUCGUGAGGUUUUUAUCGGGUAUAUUAGCCAGAGUGGGCCGGGGUUCGUUAACCGAGGAAGCCCGGGACGGGCCCUCCCUAAGCUGGCCGUCUCCAGGGAAACCCGGGGACUGGGUUUGGCGGCCCGGGGGAUUCUAUAACGACUGCCGCGUCCGUCGCCGACCGGCAUAUAAACCCUAUCAAAG